CAACCAGUCGUCCAUGUGUCUGCAGCCUCGUGUCUAAUUUGCUACAACCUUAAAUCUGAUUAAACAAACAAUAAUGAGAUAGAGAGAGGAUAAAGAAUUUGACACGAGAGAAUGAGCAAAGAAAAAGACAAAAACAGAGGAGCUUCUCCUUCAUCUUACGGCACGUUUCAAGGUGUCCCUACUUAUCCUCCUCCGCCGUAUCCUCAUCCUCCGUCGCAUCAUCCGGUCACUGGAUUUCCUCUGUCGUCUCCACCUCCCGGAGCAGCUCAUCACGACAUUUCCGUUCAUCAAUACAUCCAAGAACAUCAAACCGUUCCUGGGUACCCUGUUUCUGAAGGAAGACCUGCAAGAGAAAAUCAUCUUCCUUGUUGUGGUCUUGGCCUCGGUUGGUUCUUGUUCAUCAUUGGUUUUCUCCUUGGUGCAAUCCCAUGGUACAUAGGCGUAUUCAUUCUAGUGUGUGCUAGGAUCGAUCCGCGAGAGAAACCAGGAUACAUAGCUUGUUCCAUCGCAUCUGUUGUUGCUACAGUUGCCAUAGUUCUUGGUGUCAUGGGUGGAAGAGGAGCCUGGUCGUGAAGUGUCGAAAUUAAAACAUUGUUCAUCAAGUAUCGGAGAAACUGUCUUUGUUUGUUGUUGUUAUUAAUAGUAGUGAUUUAUAUGUGUGUGUGUAUGAUGUAAUGUAUCAAAAUUGAGCUGUGUUUUCAACAGUUGUUUUUGUUGGAAUCUCAUCAUUGAUUAAUCCUGCACAAGAGAAUCAGAUAUGAGAAAGUGAAGUUAGAAGAAGAAGACAAGGAAGAGUAAAUGAAGAAUCGUAAGUAGAAGAAGAAGAGAAGAAGAAGAAUGUGUUUUGUCGUAGGAGAAAAAAGAAGAAAGAAGAAAAAGGAUCAAUGGGCCAUGAUGUUGUAUUCAGGCCUAACUAGUUGAGUGGGUUUGUUUUGUGAAACUAAGAGAACAAUUAUUGCUUAAGUAGGUUAAAAGGUAGAAGUAGUAUAAAUAUGCUUUGUAAUGGAUCUGGACAAAUUAAGGAGAAUGAGAGGUUAAGCAAGUGGCUUACCAAAAUCCUUCAUGGUAUCAGAGCUCCAAGGUCUUGGUGGCCUGGACGUUUGAAGAAUCUGCACAAGAAACAAAGGAAAGUCAGAGGAAGCUGGUUCGUUUGAACACAGUAGAAGAAAACAAAGAAAGCAAAAA